UAUUGAUAUAGCCCUAGUAUCAAAUUCAGGCUCAGUAAAGGUUGACAAUAGCAUGACAUGUUUCAUCGAAGUACUUCUUUUCGGAUCACUGCAGAAUCGUGUUCGUAGUCAACAUAGAGCAAUCUAAACGCUUUUCCUAUAGGAAUCCAAGAAAGGCAAAUUGGAGAAAGUUCUCUAAACUAAUGGCAAAGUUAGAUCCCUUUGAAGAGGAGGAAACUAUUAACGUCUCCAGCUGGGAAAAUAAGGUCAAUUUGUUGACAUCUACAAUAGAUGAAGCUUUUCAUUGAUCUUGUUCAAUAAGCAGGCCUCCAAAAAGCAAACAAACUCAUGAAAACACUCUAGGAACACUUGAACAUUUGUCCGAGAAUAGAUGAAAACUGAACAAAGAUGUAGCCCUUCUGGACGUCAGAUAUGUAUAAGGAGAUUAUCUGCGAGACUAAGGUAACCUGGGCGGUAAACUCCUUCCAACCCUACAGGUCAGAAGGACCGGACGAAAUUAUGCCAAUGAUGUUAUCGCAGCCAAUAGGAACGAUUAAUUUAUGGUUAAUUAAGGUCUUAAGGGAAUCCCUAUCUUCAGUGGUAUCCCUAGUUUAUGGAGGAAGGACAGGUUGGUCUUUACUCCCAAAGCAGGGAAACCAGGCCGUAACACUGUAAAAGAUUUCAGACUAAUUAGUCUCCCUUCGUUUUUACUUAAAACAAUAGGAAGGCUGAUUGAUCUACACAUCAAGAGUACCCUUAAUUCCGAUAACUUCAGCAAGGCACAACAUGCUUACCAGAAGGGUUAGUCUGUAGAAACAGCACUACACGAAAUUAUUGGAGCAAUAGAGAAAUCUCUGAAGAAUAAGGAAUUUACUUUGGUAGCUUUUCUGGAUAUCGAAGGAGCGUUCAACAAUGUUAAUGCGAAAUCGAUAAGUUCAGCGUUGACAAUCAAUGGUACGAACGAAAAAGUAUUCGAUGGAUAGGUAACAGAGUAACCACGAACUUAGGCAUCACUAGUCUGGAAAAAACAAUUAUCAGAAGAACCCCACAGAAGGGUGUUUUCUCGCCGUUACUGUGGAAUCUAGUCUUAAAUGAAUUUCUUAUUACCAUGAGCAAGAUAAGGAUCACGAUAGAUACUUGCUUAUGCGGACGAUGUAGUCAUCCUCAUAACAGGGAAGUUUCCCUUGACUAUCAGCGUGCUCAUGCAAGCAAGGUUAAUGAAACUCUCCAAGUGGGUGACCUCAAAUGAUCUAAUUGUUAAUCCAGCUCACUAGAAGGUAUAAGGAAGAAGAACAGGUGUGCUCCGAUCAACGUCUCAGGGGGCGCUGGAAGUGAUCCUACAUAUUCCACCCAUUGAUAUAUAUAUUAAAGGGAUAGCGACCAAAUCUGCUGCCAAGAUUAAAGCAACAGGCAUGCUAAAAGCAAGCACGUACGACCAUCAGUUCUACUAUCGGUGGAACACUUACAAGACGCAUCGAAAACAUCUGGUUAUCUGGUUCCCAAGAUAGAUCUCAAAAGAAGGUAUGAAAUACGAAUACCCGACAGAAAGGGUUGAUAGACCAGAAUCUUAUCAAUUGACAUUGAUCACCAUAUUUAUAUUGACGGCUCAGAGAUGGACAACGGCACUGGAUCGGGAGUUUACUCGGAGUUACUUUCGAAGCUAAUAUCUACGCUAUAAACCAAUCAGCAAAAACGAUAAGAGUGAUGUACUUACCUCCAGCAAACCUUACCAUUUUUGUUGAUAAUUAAGCAGCGAUCAAUGCACUGGCCUCAACGCGCAUCAAUUCAAGACGUGUUAAAGAAUGCAAGAGGUCGCUCUCGCUCAUCCAACAACACAAGCAUUCCUCUAAAUGAUUUAUACACUGCAAUUGACCUGAGCGUAAUCGCGGAAACCAAUAAAAGGUGGUCUCUGAAUACUAACUUUAUGGUCUCUAAAGCGCUCUGGCCAAAACUGAAUCUUAAAAGGACAACAGAUCCACUACCACCGUCCUCACAGGUGUUGUAAAGGUUCACUGCCCUAUUGGCACCCUAGCUAGUAUAAUAGUUGUACCUCAGAGUGACUUGUGCAGGAUCUUUUGAGAUGAACAACACCUCCUCUGUGAAUGUCCUGCACUUCAAAGAAGCUGUGCCAAAUAUCUUGGCGAUAAUUUUUUUGAGACCAGAGAAAUUUGCAAAAUGUAUCACGGACUAGUUUCCUUCUUAAAAAGAUCUAAGUGGAACAGAAAAGUAUAUAAGCACUGGUACAUGGAGAUCUAGAGCGCCUUUGACUGUGAAAAAAUUGUACCCUGUGCCUUCCUUAAAUCGAAAGUGCGUUCUUCUUUCCUUUGCGAUAUACCACCACGAUCAAAAAGUUGGCAGAAUAUAUUCAGAAAAUUUAAAACACAGAUCCUAUAGGACCAACUUUUCAGCAACACGGCGAAACUCCAACGUCCUGAAAGAAUCAAGAAGCAGUGUUUAAGUCCUCUACCAACUCCGUGAUGGUUCAUUUGCAUUUUUUGAUUCACUUUUCUUUCACUUUAUUGAUGUUUUCAUCAGUUUUCGAUUUCGACGGCCGUUCGUCACGGAUCGAUGAACUCACGGUCUCUUCUGAAGUGUUCAUGAUGGGCUCUUUUCUUAAGAGUAUCACUACCGAUACAGUUUCCUAACUGCUCUAAGAUUUUUGCACCAUUGAAUCCACUUGUUACGCCAAAUGGCCUAUAGUUUUAAUUAUUAAUUUAAGUAAUUAUCCGAAAUGAAUUUUUAUAGUUUUAAUUAUUAAUUUAAGUAAUUAUCCGAAAUGAAUUGUUAUAAAAUUGUUCAAAGUAUAUUCUGCCAUAAUAACACUAUGUAUAUAUGUAUAAGUACAGUUAAGUUUUCCUAUAUAAACAUAAGGUAAAAAAUAAAGAAGUCACCUGUGAAUUUACAACGAACGCGCUCGCUGUUUAUAUGUAUUUCAGGCAAUUGUUGUGUUCGCGCAUCCCCCCGAAAUAAACAUUCUUGAAAAGGCUUAAGAAUUUUUUUCAUGGCGCCCGAGCAGGGACUUGAUGCGUGAAACAUAAUUAAAAAAUUAAACAUAAACAAUACGGGAAUUAUAUCCAAGACAAAACAAUAAACAUAUAUGCACAAACAAUAAGUGCUUGAAUUAGCAACAACAAUUGCCUGCGCGUUUUACAUUUUUGCAAGUCCGGUUUCGCAUCAAGUGCAGUGAUAAACAAACAAACAAACUAACAAAAAAAACCACCCUCACUAAAAGGUUCAGUGACUUAAACCAAAAUUAAAAAAAAAAAAAAACAAGUACAUAGUGUACAUACAUACAUAAACAUAUAAGGAGAGAAGCGGUAAUACAGUGUCGUGUUUAUGGAACAUAGUGAAAAAAAAAAAAAAAAUUCUUAAAUUAUAAAAAUACAAAAAACUAAAAACAGUAAAUUAAUAAAUAGUGGCGGUAAAAAAGCGUGUACUUAAAAAAAAAAAAAAAAAUAUAUAAUAAAUAAAAAAGAAUAAACUAAAAUACAUAGUGCAAAGCUGAAACAGUGCGGUACUUAUAUGUAUAUAUAAACGGUCACAGUGAUAUAUAAAUGUUCUCGGCCAAAAAUAAGGCAAUUUUAUAAAAACAAAAACCGUUAAAAAAAAAAAAAAAAAGAAAAAGAAACUGUGAGCCCUAAAUCAUAAAAAUAAAAAUUACCUAAGUGCCGUAAUUGGAUGCGCUAAGAAUUCAGUUCUGUUCUUAAAAAAAAAAAAAAAACAGUGGAAUUCACCGCUGCUCAUUUGCAGUUCGUCGCCCUCAUCAAUAUCACUGUCCGCUGUCACAGUUCUCGCAGUUACUGCCAUACUCGCCGCUGCUCUCAUCGCUGUAACCGUCGCUGCUACUCUGGUCACUGCUGCUGCCGUCAUCGCCCGCUGUCGCUGCAAUUCCUACCGCUGGUUCUGUCGCCGCCAGGAAUGACCUGCACCUGCAUCCUUUGCAAAAGGAAAGUCAAGGCUUGCAAUAAGCCUAUACAGGUUCAUUGGACGCCGAGGAAUGCCGCGGAAAAUAUACAGCGACAACGCCACCAACUUCGUCGGCGCCGAUCGCAAGCUUCGCGAGCUGAGGGAUGCUUUCGAGGCCCAACAAACGGAAGUGCAGAAAUACGCAACGGACGAAGGAUUCACCUUCGUCUUUAUACCACCCUGGGCACCGCACGGCGGGUUAUGGGAGGCGGCAGUGAAGUCCGCCAAACACCUUCUCGUGCGCGCAAUCGGCAACGCGCUGCUCACCGCCGAAGAACUGCAGACGCUGCUCGUCGAGGUCGAGGCCGUACUCAACUCGCGACCCCUGGUACCACUGAGUCAGGACCCGAACAAUGGAGAGGCCCUAACACCAGCGCACCUACUAGUUGGGUGCCCCCUUCGAGCGCUGCCACCAGCCCAAGUAUCGAUGGACCCAAUGCGUUGCUGCGACAGAUGGCAACUUGUCUGUUGUCUCAAGCAACAGUUUUGGCGACUGUGGUCCAGGAACUACCUGUUGGGACUUCAACAGAGGAGCAAGUGGUUGCAUCCGAAGCGCAACCUCGAGCUGAACGACCUCGUCCUGGUUCAGGAGGACAACGCACCACCGCAGCAAUGGGUGCUCGGCCGCAUCGCCGCCAUCGUAACAGGGCAAGACGUGGCAGGGUAGCAGAUGUGGCAACCAAAGCGGGCGUAAUUAAACGCCCCGUUCACAAGCUCGCCGUACUGCCAUCAGACAUUGAAGGACCAUGAGCCUUUCAAGGUGGCCGGUGUUACGCCAAAUGGCCUAUAGUUUUAAUUAUUAAUUUAAGUAAUUAUCCGAAAUGAAUUUUUAUAGUUUUAAUUAUUAAUUUAAGUAAUUAUCCGAAAUGAAUUGUUAUAAAAUUGUUCAAAGUAUAUUCUGCCAUAAUAACACUAUGUAUAUAUGUAUAAGUAGGCGGCCGCCGUAGCCGAAUGGGUUGGUGCGUGAUUACCAUUCGGAAUUCACCGAGAGGUCGUUAGUUCGAAUCUCGGUGAAGGCAAAAUUAAUAAAAACAUUUUUCUAAUAGCGGUCGCCCCUCGGCAGGCAAUGGCAAACCUCCGAGUGUAUUUCUGCCAUGAAAAAGCUCCUCAUAAAAACAUCUGCCGUUCGGAGUCGGCUUGAAACUGUAGGUCCCUCCAUUUGUGGAACAACAUCAACACGCACACCACAAAUAGGAGGAGGAGCUCGGCCAAACACCUAACAUAAGUGUACGCGCCAAUUAUUUAUUUUUUUUUUAUAUAUGUAUAAGUACAUAGAAUAACAUAACAUAACAUUAAUUAUACAUGGUCCGUUAGUUAAGUUUUCCUAUAUAAACAUGAGGUAAAAAAUAAAGAAGUCACUUGUGA